UGUCUUGCGGCAAAUUCUUAGACAAAAACACUGCCACGAGGUUUCCCAUAAUCAAGCCUAUCUCCUAUGUACCUAGUACUACAAGUUAACGAAGUAAUUAGCUGCUUUCCUAGUAUUCUCAGCUGUUAGUUAAUACAACCAAUUUCUCGAAACAAUCGUCCUUGUUUUCUUCUCUCAACAAUGUAGCUGUCAAUUACCUCCCCUGUUUUUUGAGCCUUAUUUGUGUGCAUCUCUUUGCCUUUUCACAAACAACAAUGGGUUCAUCUAGUCUCUUCAUCAAGUACUAUGUUGUCUUGCUUUUCAUGAUGAAAUUAUGUACCGUGUCCAUAGCCGAAGAUGGUUCUACGAUAGGCUAUCAUGGCACAGAAAGGGAGGCUCUUGUGGCGAUUCGAGCUGAAUUCAACAAUCCUAAAUUGCUCCAAAAAAGUUGGAACGGCCUCAUGUGUUACAUGAAUAACACUCCAAAUUGGUAUGGUAUUAGCUGUAUCAACGGUCGAGUCACUGGACUUGUGCUAGAAAAUCUUGGCCUUACUGGGAAACUCAAGGCAAAUGCACUUGUCAAUCUCACUCAAUUGCAAACACUUAGCUUCAAGAACAAUUCCAUAUCAGGGAACUUGAUGAACUUCUCCAACAACCAAAAUUUGAACAACAUUGAUUUAUCCGGUAACAGAUUUGACGGAGAAAUUUCACCUUCUCUUCUAACACUUAAUUCGCUAGAGUCAUUGCAGGUACAGAACAACAAAUUGAACGGUCCGAUUCCCGGUUUUAAUCAGUCAACUUUGAAAGUUUUCAAUGUCUCAAACAACAAUCUUUCCGGUGAAAUUCCAAGCACAAUAGCUCUUCAAAAAUUUGGUCCGUCCUCGUACUUAGGUAACCAUGAUUUAUGUGGUCCUCCUUUUACUAACACAACGUGCACCACGAUCAAGGAUAAUGAGUCAUCUACACCAACUCCAAGUGAUAGUUCACAUAAGGAAUCUUCAAAUAGUUCAAAAUUAUCCAUGUUGACUCCAAUCUUGGUAGUAAUUAACGUUGUGGGCAUUGUUGUUCUUUUAUAUCUAGUCAUUUACUACUGCAAAAAAACAAAAAAGCUUAAGAAAAUGCUGAUGAAUAGUAAUACAAGAUUAACGGAGGUUGAUAAAAUGGAGACUAGCAAAACUGAGAUCACAACAACGCCAACAGAAACCAGGAGCGUGGAAUCAAGAAGUGUGGCAUCAGAGGUUGAAUUAGAGAAAGGCAAAUUGAUAUUCUUAGGUAGUGAAAUAAAUUUUGAAUUAGAUGACUUGCUGAGAGCUUCAGCAGAAGGUUUGGGAAAAGGAAAUUUUGGAAAUUGUUACAAGGCAAUGUUGGUAGAUGGACCAACUGUUGUGGUGAAGCGUUUGAGGGAUUUGAAACCUUUAACAAAUGACGAAUUUGUGAGACAAGUAAGAGCUAUUGGUGAUAUAAAGCAUCCAAAUUUGUUGCCUAUUCUUGGUUAUUACUAUACAAGGGAUGAGAAGUUGCUUCUCUUGAAAUCUGCACCUAACGGAAGCUUAUACAACCGCAUUCACGGAGGAAAAGGGACUAGAGAUAGGAUUCCAUUUCGAUGGAGCUCAAGAUUGUCCGUUGCUCGUGGUGUUGCUCGAGCACUAGAGCAUCUACACCUGAACGUCAGUUCCUCCCAAUUCGUUGUUCCCCAUGGCAACCUAAAAUCCACCAAUGUUUUACUGGACGAAAAUGAUGAUGUUCGUGUUGCUGACUUUGGUCUCACUUCCCUUAUUGCACUUCCCAUCGCUACUCAACGAAUGGUUUCCUAUCGAUCACCCGAAUAUUUGGCUUCCAAGAAAGUGACCAAGAAAUCUGAUAUUUGGAGCUUUGGUUGCCUUCUCCUGGAAUUGUUAACAGGUAGAAUUUCUUCACAUUCUGCUCCACCGGGGGUGACCGGUGCGGAUCUGUGCAGUUGGGUUCAUAGGGCGGUCCGAGAAGAAUGGACGGCUGAGAUUUUCGACACGGAAAUUGCUGUUCAGAGAAGUGCCAACUCAGGAAUGUUGAAAUUGUUGCAGACUGCUAUAAGCUGUUGUGAUAAGUCGCCGGAAAAACGACCGGAGGUUAGUGAGCUGUUGAGGGAAGUGGAAAGUAUUAACGGGGCGGUACCCGAGUCGGAAGACGAAGAUGAUUUCUCCUUCUCAAUGGAUCAAUCUAUGACAGAUGACUCCAUAGCAACUGCAACUCCGUCUCGAUAA